GCUGCCCGUAAUCCAACAUGGCGGAACAGCUAGCAGAACGACUUGCGGAACAGGACUCGUCAAAACCCUCGAAAGUUCUCAUUUUCACCGCCCCGAUUGUAUGUGUAGAUUGCAUACAAAAAACGACAAGCGUUAAAAAUAAAGAAGGUCAACUGAAUGCUGGCAACCACUGGAGGAAAUCCACCCUACAGCUUAGUGGAAACUCCUUUGUUGUUUGUGAUCAGCAGUGUUACAAUGGUAGCAGAGAUGUUGAACUUACCAAUGAAAAUGACAUCAAACUUGAAUAUGACCCACUUGCAAUUCAAGAGUCGGUUUGUUUCUACCUGGAAAGCGAAUUUAGGAACAGUGAAAGCUCUUCACUGCCUUUUGAGGUGUCAUUUGGAUUUGAUAAGGAAUGCCACUCAGCUGACAACCUUUCAGAUUUACAGAAAGAAUUUGAAGAUAUAAGGUCUGCAAGUCAAAGACUUCUUGUUGAGAACAGUGCUCGAAGCUCUAGCAUUUCUAGUGAUGACUAUCAUAGAGGUGUUAAAAGAAAGACUGGCGAGAGUCAAGAUUUUUCUUGUAAUUCUGAUACACAUCAUUUGACAAUGGAGGACGUUUACGCUCAAGACAAAAAUUUUUCUUCAUUUAGUGACAUCUGCAGCCCAAUUAACAAAAGCACAGGUAGAAGAAAAAUCUCUAAACCGAUGACCUCCCGAAGGGAUGCCGAUGUCUCUCUGACAAUUGUCGAUCACAAUGCUCGUGACCCUGGAAUUUCUUUGCGUGAUUUUGCAGUACCAAGAGUUUGUGACAAGCUUACUGUCCUCAAAGAAUGCACCCAAGAAAACGCCUUGGUAAAUCUACUCUUCUUUGUUAUUCAAGUUAAUGACACUCGUGAAGUUCAGGUUAAGUCGGGUGUGAAUGCUGGAAGCUUUGUAGCUCUGUCUUCGCUGGUUGUCGCUGAUGAGUCAAAGUCUUGUUUUAAACUAACAUUGUGGCGAGAAGCUUCAACAUGGACUGAUAAAAUAUCAGCAGGUGAUUUUGCUGUUGCGACAUCGAUCAAGGUUGGGAAAUGGCGUGAGGAAUAUGUUGGGCAGACAACAAUCAGCUCGGGGUUCUACAAUCUUCAUCAACCCAAAAGCCUGCUUUCAAACAAUUGCUUAAAGUUAGUUUCGCAAGGAAGACUUGAUGCCCUCGUCAAAUGGACUAGAACAGAACAUCCCUAUCUCCUUGCUGCCUCUCUAACAAAGAGAAAUGUUGAAUUUACUCAGAUUCUGCAACUACGUGACAACACCUUGGUUCACUUCAGGGGUAGGCUUAUUAGUGUUCACAGAACCUCGCCGUCAUUGAGUACUUAUCGUUUUGGUGGUCAACAACUGACCAAAAUUACAGCAGUUUUAGCAGAGCGACCAUGUGAUACAAUAGAACUCGUCCUCUGGGGGAGACAGGCCGUGUGGAUGAACCAGCUUCAAGAAGGACUGGGGCAGGUGUGGGAAUUCCAGUUCCUCACGGCCAAAUACAGCAGUGAUAAUGGAUGUGUGACGCUUCACUCGACCCCUAGAUCAACUAAGUCAAAACUAUCCCCAGAAGACAACAAUGCACUUUCUAUCAUGUCACGAUUUGACGGAGGCUCCGAGCAAGCUAGAAAAUUCGCAAACUUGCGCGAUUUGCUGGAGUCGAAAUACUCGGGCUUGGCUGAAGUCGAAGCGAGGAUUUCUUCGGCACAAUUCCAUUGUCAAGAUGAGGUUAUCGUUUUGGACCAAACCGGAUCCACAAGGGAUCGACUGAAAGAGAAGCUUGAGAAACUGGUGUACAUUGGUUGCGGUUCGUGCUCGCGGGUUCUCGAACAAGAUCAAAACGAAGUUUACGGUCAGUGUUUGUACUGUGUUGUGGCAAAUCCCCAGUACAAAUACAGUAUAGGCCAUUACUACAAGCCAUUGACUAUAACCCUCAGUGACUCUCACGUGUCCGUAGAAGUGGAAGCGUUCAACAGCGCGAUUUCCCACCUCUUUUCAGAUUUUCCCGCCAAAACGUUGCUUCAAAGAACCCCUCACGUGGCGUCACGUGACCAGAGUUACGUGGAUAGUUUUGUUGAUGGCGUGGAUGCACUUGUUACUAAGGGUACUCAGUGUAAGGCACUCGUUGCCUGUCGUGUAGUACUCGAUGAAAAUAGCUUUAUUGAGAACAGGUCGUUCACUCUUCGGCAAAUCGAUGUUUUAGAGGGUGGGUUUUGUUCUAAUCUGGAUGGAAAGUAGUUUUACCAACUAGUUUUGUUUUUUUUUAAGCAUGGUUAAGUCGUGCAUGGUUGGGUCCUGGGUCGAGGAAGGACCGCCAAAUUUGACUUAGCUCGCGUUUAUCCCAUGAUUGUCGCCGGGUAACAUGACGAAGUUUAAGGCGAGAACCUGAACAUGUGCAAGCGCUGUUUUCUGACUUGCCAGUGGGAAUCAAAUAUCCUUCGAGUGAAUCUGAACUUAGAGAAUUUGACCAAAACGUGAACUGUUCGCGUGUUUGAGUGUGGAUACAAUCAGACAUAAG